CCUCAUCCACCGACACGCGCCAGUCUCCUCUGCAUAACUCCUUAUAUUAAUCUCAUCCGAAAACGCUCCCUCUCCUCUCUCUCUCCAAACUCUCUCUUGAGCGAUCAAUCACAGAUCUCUCUUCUCUCUCAACAAUCAACGAUGGCGAGUUCGAGGUCGAGUUCGAGCGGUCCGCAGUUGACGGAUGAGCUCGAUAUCGUGAUACCCACGAUCCGAAACCUUGAUUUCUUGGAGAUGUGGAGGCCCUUUUUCGAGCCGUACCAUCUGAUCAUUGUUCAGGAUGGGGAUCCCACGAAGACGAUCAACGUCCCCGAGGGGUUCGAUUACGAGCUUUACAAUAGGAACGAUAUUAAUAGGAUACUGGGCCCCAAAGCGUCCUGUAUCUCCUUCAAGGACUCUGCUUGCCGAUGCUUUGGAUAUAUGGUCUCCAAGAAGAAGUACAUCUUCACCAUUGAUGACGACUGCUUUGUUGCGAAAGAUCCUUCCGGCAAAGACAUUAACGCACUGGAGCAGCACAUCAAGAACUUGCUUUGCCCAUCCACGCCCUUCUUUUUUAACACGCUCUAUGAUCCCUUCAGAGAAGGUGCGGAUUUUGUGCGUGGCUAUCCUUUCAGCCUUCGUGAAGGUGUUCCGACUGCUGUUAGCCAUGGACUUUGGCUUAACAUCCCUGACUAUGAUGCUCCAACACAGCUUGUCAAACCUCGUGAAAGAAACACCAGGUAUGUAGAUGUGGUUCUUACCAUACCGAAGGGAACGCUGUUUCCAAUGUGCGGGAUGAAUUUGGCUUUUGAUCGUGAUCUUAUUGGCCCUGCAAUGUACUUCGGACUAAUGGGUGAUGGACAGCCUAUUGGUCGCUACGAUGAUAUGUGGGCUGGGUGGUGUGUUAAGGUCAUCUGUGACCACUUGGGACUAGGAGUGAAGACCGGCUUGCCAUACAUCUGGCACAGCAAAGCUAGCAAUCCAUUCGUGAACCUGAAAAAAGAGUACAAAGGCAUAUUCUGGCAAGAGGAGAUUAUCCCCUUCUUUCAGUCAGCAACUCUUUCGAAGGAGAGCACAACUGUUCAGCAAUGCUAUGUUGAACUCGCGAAGCAGGUGAAGGAGAAGCUCUCCAAGGUGGACCCCUACUUUGACAAGCUUGCUGAUGCCAUGGUCACCUGGAUCGAUGCUUGGGAUGAGCUCAACUCUGGGGCUCCAAAAGCACCUAAUGGCAAAAAUGCCUAGAGGAGAAUGAAGAAGAAUGGAGAGCUAGUACACACAAAAGUUUCUAUCGGUUUCAUUAUUUAUGUAGGAAUUUCUACUUAUAUGCAUGUUAGGUGCUUUUAAGAAUAAGCAUGUUAGAUGUUGGUCCUUUCCCUUUCCCUGCAUUUGAAAUAUUUUCUUUUAGUCAUCAUCAUCAUCCUCCUCCCCUGAGCCACUUCAUUUGGAGAUUCAGGUUGUUUACUUUUUAUUUCAGUUGGAUGAUUGUAAUAUUUAUAUUGAUACUCUGAGCUGAUAAUAAAAUUAGCUUUUGCUCUGUUUUCUUUUC